AUGUCAUCGAAGAAGAAAACGCCACGAACUUUGAAAAUUAAGGGAAAGGGCAAAGUUCUCGUGCCGAAAUGGAAACUUUUCCGUGCUAAGGAGCCGCUGCUUUCUGUGUUUAUGUGGGGAGUGAAUCACUCCAUAGGCCAGCUGGAUCACGUGCCUCCACCGGGAUUGCUUAUGCCUGAUGAUUUCAAAGCGUAUACCAAAGUGAAAAUAGACAAUCAUUACUUCAACAAAGAUAUCAUGCCUAGUCAUUAUAAG